AUGACGAAUAGUUUGGCGCCCAACGCCGUCAUUCCCAUUGAGGCGACUGUCUUAGUCCUUGCCAUGCUUGUAGCCUCUGGUCGUCUAGUCCCACGAUUCCUGCAGCGCCAGCUUCCUACCGUCAGCGACGAUUUCCUGAUUGCCUCGAUACUCAAUGCUGUAGCACUCUUCAUCACCGAUUUAAUGACGUACAGAUGGGGAGGCAUGUCAGAUGAUUGGGACAUGGAAGACACAUCAAUAGCACGGGAGAUUGCUUUGAAAAAAGUUGCGCUCCUACAUAGCUCUUUGGAAGGGGGGACAUAUGCUAAUGGGGAGCAACAGGUUCAAUUCGCAGGCAACUACUUUUAUGACACUGGCAUAUACCUACCCAAGCUUGCAAUCCUGGCUCUCUACUUCCGGCUCUUCCCUCCCACAAUGCCGCGCCUAUGUAAGGCGUUGUAUAUUGUGUCCUUCUUCACAGCUUUCGCAAUGAUCACGACUUGCCUAUUGGAUACCUUCUGGUGCGGUCAACAAGUUUCGGUCAAUUGGUCUCUCGACGAAGAUGCUUGCAGUACAUUCAACUCCAAAGUCGUCUUUAGGGUCGACUGGGCUAUGAACGUCGUCACAGACGUGCUUAUCUGCAUUUUACCAUUUCCACUACUCUAUCAAUUGCAGCUCAACAGACGUCAGAUAUGGGGUCUUGUUGCCACGUUUUCUCUAGGUGUAAUCACCAUUACAGUAAACAUUGUUCGCUUUGCUACAAUAGAAGUCAUUCACGCGUGGACCAAUGUCUUCGUGCUUUCUAUGGCAGAAAUGGCGGUUGCAAUUAUGGUAGUGUCUCUACCCUCCAUGAGAGCAAAUCUCAGACGUGGUGGAGUCUUUGCAUCCAGGCGAACAUAUGGCUCAUCCUCUUCCAACUAUCAUCACAAUCGAACGCCGAACGCCCGAUCGGACCAUCUCAAGCUCUCAUCUAACAACAAAAGCAAGCUUAGCGCUCGAUCGCGUGCAGACGAAGAGGAUUCUGGAAGCGAGGUGGAGCUCAACAUGAUGACCAGAAAGGAUGUCAUUUAUGAGACACGCAGGAUUAGCGUGCAGUUCUCCGACUCAACCGAAGACAAGCCUUCUGAAUGUAGAAAUAUGUCCUGA